AUGUGGUUUGGUCCAAAUUUGCAAAGGUCUUAUAAGUAUAUGAUGUUUUCAAAGAUGCCAUCGCUGAGGAUAGAUCAGAGUGAUCUAAAGUGCAAGAAUGGUUGUGAUUACUUUGGAAAUCCACAAUGGCAAGGUUAUUGCUCAAAAUGUCAUCGAGAACAGUUGCAAAGACAAAGACGUGCAGAAAAGGCAUCAUCAACACUUCCAAAGCCCGAACAGAAGAAACCUGAAAGAAAUUUCAAGGUUACAUCACAUUCUUCUUUCUCAAAAUUCGAAGAAAAACGAUUAAGGCAAAGUGAGACUUUGAAGAAAGCUAAUUUACUGAAAUUCAGUGUAUUCAAAAAGAGCAAUACAGAGGACCAUGAUCAUGUGGCAGAAAAAAAGCCAGCUGAAUUUAAAAUACCAGCUAUAGUUAAUGAAGGCAUGAAGCGUGAUUUUCGGCUCCGGUUCCCAAAUCUAACACCUCAUAUAGACCGAGACUCAAGGCUUUUUGCCCACUCAUUUAUCAUGGAUGUGAUAAAGCACUCCAAUAUUUUGACAGUCGACGAGUUAUCUGAAAGGGUGCAGAGGCAAUAUCAGCGUUUUAUGAAGCAUAUGGAUACAUCUCCUCAUUUCAGCAAUGUGGACUCUGAUACAAAGGAAUUGCUUAUAGACUUUGUUGAAAAGCAUUCCAUGAAAUAUUUACAUGAACUACCCUCAGUGGUUUUCUCCCCAACGGGGACGGAUGACGAACGUCUAGAUCGAGUGAUGUCUGAGCGUAUACAACAACUAAGUUGGGUCUGUGAGACUCAUUUGGAGUGCAAAUUGGAUAGAAACAGUGCAUCUUGCAGGCAACUGCUGUACAAAGCAAUUAGUGAACUGCUGGGUAUGGACGCGGCGUUGUCUCCUGGUGGGAAAGUGGCACGUGUACGUCGCGCUUGUAAACACGUGCUCGCUCUGUGCGGUGCGCCUGCUUCCGCUGAUGAUCUAUUACCCGCCUUAAUAUUCACUGUACUAAAGGCGAAUCCACCGCGCCUAGUAAGCAACAUUAACUUCGUAACUCGAUUUUGUAAUGCCCAACGACUUAUGACCGGGGAAGGAGGAUACUAUUUCACUAAUUUAUGCUGCGCCGUUCAAUUCAUAGAAAACUUAACAUCGGAGUCUUUGAAUAUGGAUAAGAAGGAGUUUGAUUGCUACAUGGCUAUGCCGGCUUCGAUUGGCGGCAGUGCUUGGGCCGCAGCGCUAUCUCUGUGUGGCGCGUCUCGUGAUGCCGAGGAACAGAUGCUUCAAGUUGAAAAGCUGAUAGCCCAUACAAAGGAUUUGAAGGACAAGGCCGAUCAACUGGCUAAUAAUGCGGAAACUUUCGAGAAGGAGAUUGCUAAGAAAGUUCAAGAUGUCCUCGCCAAAACUCCACUCGAGAUAAAACCGAGACGUGAAUUACCACGACUUGGUUCUUUGAAGACCUCGACCUCGCUUCUUGAAGAUAUAGACGCAGAAAAAAUAUUAAUAGAAAAAUCUUUGCAAGAAUCCACUCAAUUGGGAUCAACUGAAUCAAAAGAUAACAAUAGUGCUGCGAACAUGGCGGUUGAAAUAGAAAUUCCUAAAAUCGAGAUGGAUAAUAUUAAAAAUCAGCCAACCACCAGUUUUCAAGAAGAAAUUGAUCAUAACAAAUUUACUGAUACACCUAAAAUUCAAGAUGAGCCAAUCAUAACAUUUUCUCAGACACCAGAAGAAAAAUCGCCCUCAAAGUCACCCAUAAACCCAUGGGAAUUGAAACAAACGAACUCGCUAGAACUGUUGACGCCUUCACCACUCGGUUUCACACCUUUUGAUUCAAGAUCCAUCGAUGAAUUGAUGACUCCUGAUGAUUUUGGCUCCGACCAAGUUCCUGGCUUGAGUAAUGUCAAUUAUGAUAUAGAUUUGUCAGAUCUAAGUGGGGAUAAUAGUCUGGCAGAAGACACUCCAAGGGAACAAAAGGACCCAUUCAGUCCAGAGCCUAAAAAUUUUUAUCCCUUCGAACCAAGAAAUCCGUUUAGUCCCAUUUUGGAUAAAUUUGAUGAAUUUACAUUAAUCGAUACUAAAACAGAUCAACCAUCUGAUGCCUUCGAAGUUGUCCAUAGAGCUUCAUCGAGUGGGGACCCAUUCAGUCAGGAUAUAAAUGACUCAUUCCCUAUGGAAAAGGAUGGUUCUCUUCUGGAUGACAGUAACUCACCGACGUCUACAUGUCUAUUGCCAUCACCGUUAUUACCACAGAGUAGUAACCCCAAUUAA